ACCAGUCAAUCCUGCUGAUGUAAUGAUUAAUGAGCCAGUCGUUAAGUUAUUCUGGGAGUCUGUGGGAAGAGAAUAGCCGCAGUUUAAUCCCCCUGGCAGUGCGCACACAGCCCACACUGACGGCGCAAUAGGUAAGCUCAACCCACCGCGCACAGGACGCACUUCUGAGGAGGUUCCCGCUCCGUCAACACGGCUCUCCGCUCCACAUUGAAUCACCUAAAGUGCCCCAAACUUGCAGCUUUUUAAUGUCAGUUUUAUUUUUUUUCAUUCUUUAAUAAUAUGAAAAUGAUCUGACUGAGGAAAUGCCGCGCACACCGGAGGAGUUUCGCGGGGAUACACGGCGACAACACGGAGGAAAAAGUCGCGGCUGCUCGUAGAGCUACAGUUAUCUUCUAGAUCAGUGAUUCCCAACCAGGGGGUGCGUGUACCCCAGGGGAUACCUCUGCAGUUGCCAUGGAGCACCUGGAAGACUGUGGAUCUGAAGACUCAGAUCAUUUUAAAAAGGCCAGGAGCAUGACUGAGCAGCAGGAGCACAGUGAAGAAACAGGCCUGCUCUCAACACAGGACCUGGAACCCUCCAAGGACGAUGACACGCACGGCCACUUCAGGUUUCAGCUGAUUGAAGACCUGUCCUAUGAAGAUGUGAAGAAAUGUUACCGUGGCUCAUGUGUGUCUUGCAGCAGCUUGCUCCAGGCCUUGGAUGUGCGCGAGUGUGUUUGUGUGUACGGUGCCAACGUGCUGAGCCUGGUGCAGAGCUCGCGUCCUUUGAGGGAGAGGGUGGUGUCUGCGGCGAGCGGAGCCGGAGGUGGUGGAGUGGCCGGUGGUGCCGGUGGUGCUGGUACAGUGCAGGCAGGCCGGUCCGCCAAGGAGCUGCUCAUGACUCUGCCCUGUCCCUCUGCACAGACUGUCAGCAAGUACAACUCGCAGUACCACAAACUGUUCCAGUGCGUGCCCAAGGAUGAGAUCCUCAUGAAAGUGUACUCCUGUGCUCUUCUCAGAGAUAUCCUUCUACAAGGCCGGCUCUACAUUUCCAGAAACUGGCUGUGUUUCUAUGCCAACCUCUUCGGCAAGGACAUUAAGGUGGCUAUUCCUGUCGUUUCUGUGAGGCUGGUGAAGAAGCACAAAACAGCGGGACUUGUUCCCAAUGGCUUGGCUAUCACCACAGACACCGGCCAGAGGUAUGUAUUUGUAUCUCUGCUAUCAAGAGACAGUGUAUAUGACGUCCUCCGCAGGAUCUGCACACACCUACAGGUCAAUGGGAAGAGUCUGAGCUUGAAGCAGUUCAUGGAGGAGCCGACCUUAUCGCUGGACGAGUUCCCGGCUCCAGACGAGUUCCCAGUGGUUGACGAAUUCCCAUCAGUGUUAAAGUGGAGAAGGAAACCCUCAGUUGUGUCUGUGUCCUCCUCCCUUCCUGACCUCCUGGGGAACUCUACCAGCAGCCUGAGCCCCACAGACACACCUUUCAAAUCAGAACAGCUGCUGGAAGAGCGAGCUCUACAAACAGACAGAGGUCUUUUAUCAGAGCCAGUGGCAGAGCUGGGCCAGAUGGAGUACCAGCUGCUCAAGUUCUUUACCCUGCUUAUUAUUCUCCUCAUCCUGUCAUCGUGCUACUUGGCCUUUCGUGUGUGCAGUCUGGAGCAGCAGCUGUCCUUCCUAAGUAACCCAAACCUGCCCCUGAGAGAGAGGUAACCACUGCUCUCUGCUGUAACCCACCGGCUCGGCUGCUGUUCACUCUUCUCAUGCUUUUGAGUCGACGAUGCCCCCCCUCCUGCACAGAUCCAGGACCAGCUCGAGAGCCCCAGGAAAGAUCAACAGGCCACAAAACAUGAAGGAGUAACAUCAACCCGAGUCCAGGCAUCUUACAGACCUUCUCUCCGUGGAGUUCCUACAUAGUGAUCACUUCCAGACUAUGCAAACAGACAAUUUAUUCCUGAUUUUGAAGUAGGUUUUACUGUAGAUUAUGAUUGUCUACCAUGGCCUAUCCCUCUCAUAGACAGUUCAUCAUUAACCUCAUGACUCUGCAGUUUAAAAAAGCUCUUUACCUUAAAAUGUGUGUAGGCACUGAUAAAGUUUAGGAGUAGUGAUGGAGGGAGGUGUUGUGGGACGGAAAUGUAAGAGAUAAUUCAACACAUUAAUUACUUGAAAAGACUGAUAGUAAAGAUAUUUGAGGUCUGACAUAUUCUGACCCCAAGAGGACUGAACCAAACGUUUUCUGGUGAGAUCUUGCCAUAGCCCUCAGUAGGAAGCCAAAAACGUAGCCGUGACAAUGCACUUUUUAAAAUAUGUUCACAUUAUUUCAAAUGUAUGUAACUGUUUAAGAGUUUAAAUCUAUUUUGUGCUUGAUGAUAGGUACUCAGUUGCUGUUUUUGAAGGUAUUUAUGUAAGGAAUUAAUGUUAUGACCACAGGACACUUGACUGAAUGAAUGAGUCAUUUAACUGUUAACGGACCGGAGAGAUAACACUACUUGUGGGUGUUAACUAUAAUGUGAAUGAGAUGGUUAGAUGGCAUAACUAAUCUUGCUGUGUGAACGGGGAUACCUAGGGUGUUUUCUUUUGUACAUUUCAAAUGGAGUCACCAAAGACUUAAAAAUGACACAGUGAGGUUCAUGUUAUCACAUCUUUGUCUGAAGAUAUUUUACUGAUUUGGCAGACGUGGGUGAAAUGUAGUUUGUGAAAUCCCGAUGAAUUAAACUGACAAUGAAAUGUAGCUAAACAAAAAGGGGUUUUGCGGCUUUUAAUUAAUUUUUCGGUCAUUAUGGGUGCCAAGACUUUACUAUCCAAUGUUCCAGCCAGUCGUAUUGGCUCUAUAUACAGGACCACCAUGAAAAGCCUUGACUCAAACAGCACAGCAAAUUUUAGUAACCUCUAUAACUCAUGAUAAAUUAUAAAACUGGGACACGCUGUUGGCAGAAGCACUUAAUGCUUAAUACAUUACAUAUGGAGUGUUGGCUGUAAACCAGCGGAAUUGGUUUUCUUCCACAUGUUUCAGUUUAGAUGUAAUAACUUGUCACUGUUUUCAUGGGUUAAAAAUGUGUAUUUUCUAAAAAGUCAAAUGUUCAGAAGCUACAAAAACCGACCCUGACUCGUCAAAGAAUACAUGAACAUAAAUACAUGUUUGACGUCAUCUGAGGGGCUCUGAAAAGGCUCCAUAAUGUUUUCUAAACCCACAGAGAAACCAUGUGAUGGUUGUCAUACUGUCAGUGUAUGACAUGCAGUGCUUUUACUAAUAAACUAAAUAGUACAUCUGA